AUGGCAGAUUUUGGCGCAUACCCACCUAAUAUGGCACCUCAAAAUGCCCUGAUCGCUCGAAAUGCAGAAGGUCCAGAACAUGCCGUGGUUCAAUACAGUGCUGAUAAUUUAGCCCGCGCAACACAAGGUCCUGCAAAUCCAUUCAAAGACGAGAAAACUUCACUUAAACGCAAAAACGUUCUUACUGGACAUGCCGAGGAAACUUAUAUUAGUGAACAUACAUUUCGAGAUCAAUAUCGGGCGGUAGAGCGAAGAGGGAAUCAUCUUUCAGGUGCGCAAGCUAAAGAAGAAGCUGCCAGGAUACGAAGUAAGAGACAGAAGAAAGGAGAUUCAAGUAUAGUAGAAGGUGAUGACGCGUAUGUUGGACCUUGGGCUAGAUAUAAGAGGGAUGAAUAUGAGGAGGUGGAUGAAGAUGAACCAUUACGAAGUGAUGAAGAAUAUGAAGAGGUAGAGGGGGAGGAGGAUGUAAUUGAGAGUGGAACUGUUAUUGCUGCACCACCGCAAGCUUUGGCGAAACGGCAGGAAGUGGAAGAAUUGGGUGAUGAGACAACGACUUUCGAAGGAAGUGAACAAUAUGAUUAUCAAGGACGGACCUAUAUGCAUAUUCCGCAGGAUUUGGAUGUGGAUUUGAAGAAAGAACCUGGAAGUAUCAAGAAUUACGUUCCGAAGAAGAUGAUACAUACUUGGAAAGGGCAUACAAAACCCGUUAUUGGAAUACGAUUCUUUCCAGGGUCUGGACAUCUACUUCUUUCAGGAAGUGCAGAUACGACUGUCAAAAUUUGGGAUGCUUAUCAUUCAAGAGAAUUAUUACGAACGUAUUCCGGUCAUUCAAAAGCUUUAUCAGAUGUUGCAUUCAACGCAACUGGUACACAAUUCCUUUCCGCAUCUUACGACCGCAUGAUGAAAUUAUGGGAUACCGAGACAGGUCAAUGUAUAAAUCGAUUCACAACCGGCAAAUCUCCUCACGUCGUUCGCUUCAACCCUGAUCCAGAACAUAGCAAUGAAUUCCUUGCUGGUAUGGCCGAUAAAAAGAUUGUUCAAUUCGAUAUUCGCACUCGGGAAAUUGUACAAGAAUACGAUCAUCAUCUUGCAGCUAUUAAUACCAUCACUUUUGUAGAUGAAAAUCGUCGUUUCAUCACUACAUCUGAUGAUAAAUCAUUACGAGCUUGGGAUUACAAUAUUCCAGUUCCUAUUAAAUUUAUAGCCGAACCACAUAUGUAUCCUAUGACCCGAGCAUCACUACAUCCAUCUAAAAAAUGGGUAGCAUAUCAAUCGUCUGAUAAUAAUAUCUUCGUUUAUGGAGCUACAGAUAAGUUUCGACAAAAUCGAAAGAAAGUUUUCAAGGGACAUAAUAAUGCGGGUUAUGCAAUUGAUGUGGCAUGUAGUCCUGAUGGACAAUUUGUCGCUUCAGGUGAUAGUGGUGGUUAUGGUAGUGUCACGAAUCGCGACAAUUAUAACACAAUAAAAGCAAGUACGGAGGUUUGGGCCGCUGUUUCCGAGGGGGUCCUUAUCGAUAAGGAAUCCCAGGACAAGUGUCCUAGGAUAAAAUGUGUCCUAGGAUAA